CGGGGCGGGCAGCGCCCUCCUCCCCGACGGCGGAGGAAAGGGGCCGGGCGACGCAUCCACCUGGCGGCACCUGCCCCUUCCCCGCCGCUCCCCUCACCGGUAGCUCCUCCCCGGCAACUCCUCCCCGGCUGCAGCCGCUGGUCCCGCCUCGGCUCCUGCAUCCCGUCCCGCUUCAGGUCCGUUCCAGCGGAGGCAGCCUCAGAGAACAAGGAACAAAAAUACCUUCUUGUGACUUCUUCCUUGCCACUUGGAUCUGGGCAGAGCUACACUUUCAGACUCUGUUCUGAGAAGCUGGGUAAGAAUGGAUGCAACAUAAAGCGGAAUUCCUGAAGCCCUAGUCACCAAUCUGAUGGACUUACUGUCUGUGCUUUGCUUCCAAACACUUGAACUGUUUCUGUACUGCUGACAAAGAUGACCUCCACUGUAAGUCCAACGCCAUACUAUGAAAAUCAUGGCUUUCAGCCAGAACAUGCCUUCUCUGCCAGGCAGCCUGUAGGUGCUAACCAGUAUCAACAGUGCUUUCCAACAAAUGUGCCAUCAGUGCCAACCUACGUCCCGACUGUUGUUACCACCCAGUCAACUAGGCCAGCAGCCCCUUCGCCUAGGAGAACGUGUGCAUCGAGCAUAAGGAAAAUCAUAAUCAUUAUAAUAUCUAUUUUAAUAGUCAUUUGCUGUGCAAUUGCUGCUUUCUUCAUUUGGUAUUUUGUGGACAAUCAUUGUGUCGUCUCCUUAAUAGAGUGUGGAUCUUCAGGAGUAUGCAUUCCACCCUCACAGUGGUGCGAUGGAGUGAGUGACUGCCCCAAUGGGGAAGAUGAAACCCGGUGUGUUAGACUUUUUGGACCAAACUUUAUUCUGGAAGUUUAUUCACCUGUCAGCAAAUCCUGGUAUCCUGUUUGUCAAGAUGGCUGGAAUGAUGAUUAUGGGAAGGUUGCGUGUAAAGACAUGGGCUACAGUGUAGAUACAUAUUAUUAUAGUCAAGGAAUAGCAACUGAAAUCAGCUAUAAGACUUACAUGAAGGUGAACACAAGUGCUGGGAAUAUAGACUUGUACAAAAAGCUGUAUAGCAGUGAUUCCUGCACGUCAGGAAGUGUGGUUUCUCUGCGCUGCAUUGCGUGCGGCCUGCCCACUAAAAGUGUGAACAUUAUGAACAGAAUCGUGGGUGGCAGCGGGGCAGUACUCGGGCAGUGGCCAUGGCAGGUCAGCCUCCACGUGAAGGGCAUCCAUGUCUGUGGGGGCUCCAUCAUCACCCGCCAGUGGAUAGUGACAGCAGCACACUGCGUGGAAGGGCGGUUUUCUGACCCACACGGCUGGAGAGUUUAUGCUGGGAUUCUGAACCAAAAUGAGAUGGUCUUGAGAAGUGGAUAUGGAGUACAGCUAAUAAUUUCCCAUCCAGAUUAUGAUACAGACUCCAAAGACAAUGAUAUUGCUCUUAUGAAGUUAGAGACACCACUGAGUUUUACUGAUGCUGUGAGGCCAAUCUGUCUGCCUAAUCCAGGAAUGAUGUUCCAGCCAGAUCAGCAGUGCUGGAUAUCUGGGUGGGGAGCAGAGUACCAAGGAGGUAAAACAUCAAACAACUUGAAUUAUGUUAUGGUGCCCUUAAUAGAACGUUCCAGAUGUAAUUCUGUCUAUAUCUAUAAUGGCAUGAUUUUGCCUACUAUGAUCUGUGCUGGAUAUCUAUCAGGAGGAUUUGAUUCCUGUCAGGGUGACAGUGGAGGUCCGCUAGUAACUAACAAAAGCUCUGUGUGGUGGCUGGUUGGAGACACCAGCUGGGGAACUGGCUGUGCUAGUCCCAAUAGACCUGGCGUGUAUGGGAACAUGACCGUCUUCACGGAUUGGAUCUAUAAAAAUAUGCAGGCAAACAGAUGACAACGCUUUCUGUCCUUGCUGAUUGAUGUCUCUGAGAACAAGAGUAAAUGAAGCCACGGGUGCCUGGGAUAUUUAUUCUCUUUGCAAAUGAUUGUUUUUUUUCCUCUCAUCGAAUUUGCUUUCUAAAAAAUGACAUGAAGGAUUGCACACUUGGUUCUGUGCUGGCUACAGUGACUGAUCUAAAUCAGCGAAGGAUUAUCACAGUAAGCACCUUUCUUGGGGUGGUGCUUGGCAGAGUCUGUCAACUGCCUGCUGAAACGUCUGCUUUUAGUUGAGUGACUUUCACUUGAUAAUCAGGCACAGGCUUACAAUGGCAAUUUUAAUCACAACUUAAUUUAAGAUUUUUUUCCUAGCAGGAUGCUAAGGCAGUUGGUUUGGUAGUGUUUUAAAGGAAAUGUUAAGUAAUGUGAAUGUUCAAUCUCUAAGCUGCUGGUUGGCCGUUUAAAAAGCAAUUGUUUUUUUGGGUACAUAUGAAGGGAAGUUUUCAUGCACUACGGUAGAGGCACAGAAAAAAAACAUUACUGUAUAUUCAGGUCGUUAAAAAUCCUCAGGAUCUCAACACAACAGUCAUCCAUGCCAGAUCAUUCAAAGUGAGACCAGUCUGACUGUCUUAAGAAUUACAAGUGUCAUUCCACCUUAAGCUGUGCUGAACCCCAAAAGAGGCAAGCCCUGCAGUCACCCUCGGUGAAGAAGGUGCAUGCCUCAGAGCUGUCGCAGGGAGAGUUAAGUGUUUCGACGGCGAGGUCCCCGGCGGUGCAUAUCAAAGCUGACUCUUGAACUCUCCCUGCUGUAAGGCAAAGGGCAGUGUUUCUCAGUGAGGCUGUGUUGCAGGUGACCGGCCUCUGCUGGCAGGCAUGCAUACAGAGCCUGGAGGUUUUGUUCAAAGAAACACAGCUCUGCCUUUCUGUGCAACCAGAUGAUCUACCUCAUUUGUUAAAUUUGGCUUUUAACUCCUUAGAGCUCUCUUUUAUGUAUCUGCAUGUAUGUUUUUAGCAAGCUGUGAUUCAUAUCAGAAUGCCACCUCAUCUAGGGGUUGAAAAAUAAUUUAUAAUCAUAUUACAGAGGAUCAAAAAGCCAUACCAGGUCACUUUUGUUAAGAAGGAUAAAUCUUUUGAAUGAAAUGACUCUUGUAGUCUUGUUUUCUCUUUUGGUACUGAAACACAAUCUUACAUAUAAACGCUGCAAAAAAAUAAAUAUUUUGGUUUUUUUUUACAAAUAGCUUUCUAUAGUAGUGGUUUUUAUCUGGAUCUCUUUGUAAGCAGUUGCAGGAUUCAGUGUUUGAAGCACUUUGCAAAUUUGAUGUGAAACAAACAAUCAAUGCCCCUAUCAAAUAAAAGGAAAAAGAAAAACACCACGGGAGGUUGAGCCAAGAGAUUGUUUUAAUUCGAGUAUGUCAGGCCCUUGAACAAACCCAGGGAAAGGGAGCUGGGUGUGCAGGAUUGUUGGAUGUCUUUAGAGACAUCACUCUGACGUGAAAUUAGGCUUAAACUUCCUUGUUUGACUUAAAGGCAGCGCAUCAUUCUGCUGCUACAGCUUAUAUUGCCUGCAGCAAUGCGAACCUGCCUCGCUUGGUGUGAGACACACUCUCUUCAAUGGCUCCUGAGCAUCAAGUAUGCCUUGGGGGAUACCACAAAAUAGCCAACAUGUACUUCCAAAAUAGAAAUUAAAUCAAGUUGUUAUGGCAUCAUGCUUUCUUGUGCCUUC